CACACUCCAUCCUCACAAACUUCUUAGCUCACACUGCCCCUGCUGCCAAGACAGAAUCACAUCACGCAAUACAACUCAGCCUCGUCAAGUAGUUGUAACAAGAUAAAGUCUUAAAAGGGGUAUGCCAAGGAGUCCGCACUCAGGUUAUCUUUUUAUCUCCUAAAAACAAGUACAUCUAAAAUGGCCGAGAAGCUGCUGUUGAUUGACACUGAUUGUGGAGUGGAUGAUGCUCAAGCAAUAAUGAUGGCUCUUGCACAGCCAACAGUUCAGGUUCUGGGAAUCACUUGUUGCCAUGGAAACACAACUGUCGACAACGUCAGCAGAAAUGUAUUAAGAGUCCUGAAAAUUUGUAAUGAAUCCAAGAUUCCUGUGUACCGAGGUGCUACUUCUUCACUCCUUGCUGAAAAUGUUGGAUUUUCUGACUUCCAUGGGCCUGACGGUUUAGGAGGUGUUCCUGAUCCUGAAGCUCCUGGGCUGGACCUCAUACAGAAGGAACAUGCUGUAACUGCCAUAAUACAAAUUGCCUCUCAGCACGCUGGCAAGAUUUCUUUGGUUGCCACUGGACCUUUAACUAACUUGGCACUGGCAGUUAAAAUGGAUCCAGCCUUUCCUCAGAGGUUGAAGGAUUUAUACAUAAUGGGAGGAAACACGGAGACCAGGGGGAAUUCAUCAGUGUGUGGAGAGUUUAACUUCUCAGUCGAUCCUGAAGCCGCAUACAUUGUCCUGAAUGAGUACUCGUGUCCUACUUACAUUGCUACUUGGGAAUACACAUGUGAGCACAAGCUUUCUUGGGAGUUCUAUGAAGACUGGGUGACCCAAGAUACAGCAAAAGCAAAAUUCAUGAAAAAGAUCUUUGCUCAUAGUGUCAAGUUUGCCCAAAGAAAGGUGGAAAACGAGGAACUAGUUUGCGAGAAUGGAUUUGUGUCUUGUGAUUCUUUCGCCAUGGCUGCAGCAGUAGACAACAGCAUUGUAAAAGAAUAUAUUGAAUGUGGUGUGAGCGUGGAGUUGAGUGGGAAACUGUGCAGAGGGAUGAUGAUUAUGGACUACUUAGAUCUCCUUCAAAAGAAACACAAAGCAUUUGUUAUGAAGACGUGCGACAUAGAAAAGUUCAAAGCCCUUCUGAGGGCUGCUUUGAAAUAAUUAGUGCAAUUCCUGCUCUGCAUUUUUUUGCAACAGAUUUGAAUCUCCUUAAAGAAAGAAUGAAACAUAACAUUGCCUAUUAAAUACCCAUUUCAGGCUACUGAUGUUUUCUGAGCUCCUUUUGGGUUGUUACAUUCAAGUAACACAUUUGAAAAAGCUGAUUUAUGCUGUUUCAGGUAAAUGUAACAUUGAGUCAGUGAUGUCCAAAAUGUUUUUUACUUUGUAUUAUUGACAUAUUGUUAAAAUUUACAUUUUAAGUAA